AUGCCCGGCUUACCUCGAAGCCCCAACGAGAAAAGACGUAACUUGAACGAGGCACAGCAGUGGGAUCGUGGGAUUCUUUAUGACACCGAAAAGAUUCAUUUGAACAUACUGAUCUGGCUGUUCUGUAGUUUCAUGGCGAAUGCCGGAGAUGUCUCCAACAACUGCCUCGAUGGGCGAGCUUCUUGUCUUUCUCAGAUUAAGGAGGCUAAAAGUCAAAAUGUUUUGUAUUCCGAUGAAGAAGUGAUUGAAGAGGAUAGAUUUCAUUUGCCUGAAGGAGACGUGUGUCUUCUCUGUGACGAACAGAGGACUUGCCCCAAAAGGUAUGAGGUUGUAGCUCCGCUAGGCAAGGGCGUUUAUAGCAACGUGUACAAAUGCAAAGUUGAGGAUACCAACACGACAGCUGCAUUGAAAAUAUCAAGAUCCGGAAAAUCGUACGUUACGGCAGCGAAACGAGAGCUACAAAUCUUGAAGAUAUUGCGGGGUCAAAAUGGUAUUGUGAAGUAUCAAGACGCCUUCGAGUAUCUCGGCCAUGUCUGCAUCGUGAUGGACUUGCACGGGAUCACUCUCAAGACGUACUUGAAGGAACGAGGACCAGUGCCAGAUGCAGACCUGUUGGAUAUCGCUUCUCAGUUGUUUGGUGCGGUGUCUUUCAUGCACUUGCGCAAUGUCAUACACACGGACAUCAAACCCGACAAUAUCGUCCUCGUGCAUGACCCCUCGAAGGCGGCUGAAGGAGACAGGCUACGGAUCAAGCUCAUCGACUUUGCCUCUGCCAUCGUCGACAACCAGUGGCAUCCUCCUCUAGCGGGGACUCCUGAGUACCGCGCUCCUGAGUGCGACUUGCAUGCGGGUUGGUCGUUCCCCAUGGACGUCUGGUCAGUCGGCUGCGUGCUGUAUGAGCUGAGGAGCAAGAAGAAGCUCUACAAGGCCUGCGUGCCGUGCAACAUUCGGUUCAGGAUGAUCGAGAUCAUCACAGGGAAACAGAUCCCAGAGCAUGUGCUGCGUGCGGCGUACAAGAGGAGGAAGAGGCAUGCUGACGAGACGCUGCUGCGAGGCGAGCAGGGAGACGUCUGCCUGGCUCCACUGAGCGAAGAGGAUGGCCAAGACGCCCGCGCUCGCGCUGACGUCAUCCUGUCUGUUCUCUCCGACUCUCAGGACUUCAAAGACCUCUUCCUCCGCUGCAUCGAACCCGAUCCUCUCCAGCGCAUGAAAGCUGCUGCAUUCAGGGAGCACGCGUUCUUCGAACCCCUUGGACUCGCACCCGACCCAGAGGAGGCUUGUCGCCAGGACGACGAGGACUGUCCAGCAGAAGGCUCGGGCCCUUCAACAGCUCUGGGGCAACUCGAUGGUAUCUUUGACGCGGCCAAGCAGUACGUGGCGGAGGUGCUGGACGUGACGCAAGUGCAGCAAGCUGUGAAGAAUCUCAGGAGCAUGACGAGAUGGUUGUAA